AUGAUGAAAUCAGUACUCAAUAAGUUGAAGGGUCCAACUUCCGAGUUGAUACACAACAAGACAUUUCAAAAUUCAAAUAUUAUGAUCACAAGAACAUUUAAAUGUAAUUUAAUUCAAUUAAAAGUGGAUAAUCAAGGGAAGGAAAAUAAUUAUUUUAUUGCUUCAAGCCAACUGCGAAUUUAUCCCGAUAAUUUUUCAUACCCUCUAGAUGAUAAUGGAAAUUAUGCAAUUUUACAAUUUUCCAAAGAUUCAGAGAGUGGUGUGUAUGAAUUUUAUCAUGUUGAAGUACCAGUAGCUUUCAAAGGAAAGGGAAUUGCAAUGCCGUUUGCAAAGGCUUGUUUUGAUCAUGCACUGGAAAAUAAUUGGAAGGUCAAGGUAACUUGUACCUAUUUGAAGUGGAAGUUUUUAGAGAAGUAUUAUGAUACUUACGAGAGAAUUCUCGUAGACUAG